AUGUUUUUUAUAUUAUUUAAUGUAAUUAUCCUUGGAUGUAUUUUAUACAAAAUAUCAGAUUAUUACGUACGUCGAUAUUUAGGUUUUAAUUCUAUUGAUCAUACACCUGUCUAUACGCCAGGCUCAUCACAUGCGUCUGUAUUAGUUUGUGUCCUUGGUUGGGGUGGUUGUACACGUCGACAUUUACGACGUAUACUUAAUUUUUAUUCAUUACAUGAAAUUCCAACAGUAUCAUGGAUUAAUCCAAUGUUUAAUUAUAUAUUUGGUGUUGAUAUGAAACAAAUUGAACGUAUACUUGAUUUUCUUAUUCAUGAAAAUCGUGAUACAAAAAAUAUUAUUAUUCAUCUUCAUUCAAAUAAUGGUGCACUUGUUUGGAGUCAUAUGCUUCAUACAAUGAAAACUAAUGAACAUUAUAAUCAAUUAUUAAUUAAUAUAAAAGGAGUUAUUUUUGAUUCUUCACCAUAUACACGUUUAAAUAGUUCAUCGGUAUGGAUUAUUGCAUCAGCUUUUAUUAUGUCUCGACCAAGUGUUAGUAUUAUACUUAAUCGAGCACAAUAUUUUCAUUGGCUUUGGACACCAUUAGUUACUUAUUAUUUAUCGUUACGAUAUUUGUAUCGACGUUAUUUUUCAUCGGAUCCAUCAACCACUACAGAUAAAAUACUACGCAUUGUUAGUUCAACACCAAAAGAUGUUAAACAAUUCUAUUUAUAUAGUAAUGCUGAUCGUCUUGUUCCGCAUACUGUUGUUGAACAAUAUAUGGCUGUACAAGUUGAUCGUGGUGUUAAUGUUACAUCUCAUCGAUUUCUUGGUUCAGGACAUGUGAAUCAUUUUCGUCUACAUCCAGUUGAAUAUGGAAAACUAGUUUUAGAUUUUAUUGUAAAUAUAGAAAAUGAUAAUGUGUCAGAUAAAUAA